GUAGUAAUCAGAAUUGCUUAUUUUUACAUAGAAGGGUAUGUGACUAGAGGAAUCUCUCCAAUAUUUUUUUUACAAAUUAAAACUGAAAAGUUUAUAUUAAAAGUACUAUUUUCCUAACAUUUUUUUAAAUAAUAUAAUCACCAAAUAUUUUAUUGUGAUUUGAAACGAAUUUGUAAUAAACAAUGGCUAAUAAUUCUAUGAGCCAGGCUCCUAAUAUGCCUAGUAUAGGAACUAUAAAUCAAGGAACAAUACAAUACGUGAAUAAUCCGAUGCAAAGUCCACAAUUGCAAUCGAGUUCAAUACAAAGCUCUCCCUCACAGCAUAGCCCAAUGGGUACUCAAGUGCAAACCACCGCUAAACCUGCAACAAGUGUAUCUGGAGACCAGACUACUCAGCUUCUCAGCCGGCCUCGAUUACAAGAAUUAGUCAGAGAGAUAGACCCCACAGUCCAACUGGACGAGGAAGUGGAGGAAAUGUUGCUACAACUGGCAGAUGACUUUAUAGACACAACAUUAAAUGCAUCAUGUUCACUGGCAAAACACAGACAUGCUCCAACUGUGGAGCUUAGAGAUGUACAGUUACAUUUAGAAAGACAGUGGAAUAUGUGGAUACCUGGGUUUGGUAAUGAUGAACUACGACCAUACAAACGUGCAGCUGUCACAGAAGCGCAUAAGCAACGCAUGGCUCUUAUACGGAAAACUAUAAAGAAAUACUAGUAUCAUUCUUAAGUACAUUAUAGUUUUAGUGUAAAUAAAAAUUCUGUGAAUUGAUUUUAAAAAUUAAUAA